CCUUCCCGCCUCCCAGCCGCCGCCCAAGCCUUUCCCGGCCGGCGCCAGCAGGCCUGCUCGGUCGAUCUUCGAGCCGAAGAUGCGGAGGGGCUGGAAGAUGGCUCUGUCUGGGGGGCUGUGGUGCUGCCGCCGGGUACUGUCCUGGGUGCCAGUGCUCGUUAUUGUCCUCGUCGUUCUCUGGUCCUACUAUGCCUACGUCUUUGAACUCUGUCUCGUUACUGUUUUGAGCCCAGUAGAAAAAGUUAUCUACCUCCUACUCUAUCAUGCCAUUUUUGUGUUCUUUGCAUGGACCUACUGGAAGUCUAUCUUCACACUCCCACAGCAGCCAAACCAGAAGUUCCACUUGUCCUAUACAGACAAGGAACGCUAUGAAAAUGAAGAGAGACCUGAGGUCCAGAAGCAGAUCCUUGUGGAUCUGGCCAAGAAGCUACCAGUGUACACAAGGACCGGGAGUGGAGCUGUGCGGUUCUGUGACCGGUGCCAUCUAAUCAAGCCAGACCGCUGCCAUCACUGUUCUGUCUGUGCUAUAUGUGUUUUGAAAAUGGACCAUCACUGCCCAUGGGUUAACAACUGCAUUGGAUUUUCCAACUACAAAUUCUUCCUCCAGUUCUUAGCUUAUUCCGUUCUCUAUUGCCUGUACAUUGUGACAACCGUCUUCAGCUAUUUCAUCAAAUACUGGAGAGGGGAAUUACCUAGUGUUCGCUCUAAGUUCCACGUCCUCUUUCUCCUCUUUGUGGCCUGCAUGUUUUUUGUCAGCCUUGUGAUUCUCUUUGGUUACCAUUGUUGGCUUGUCAGCAGAAACAAAACGACCUUAGAGGCCUUUUGCACUCCAGUAUUUACAAGUGGACCAGAGAAAAAUGGGUUUAACCUUGGCUUCAUCAAGAAUAUCCAGCAGGUGUUUGGCGAUAAUAAGAAGUUCUGGUUUAUACCUGUUGGGUCCAGCCCUGGUGAUGGACACUCCUUCCCUCUGAGGUCUAUAAAUGAAUCUCAGAACCCGCUGCUGGCAAAUGAGGAACACUGGGAAGACAAUGAGGAUGACAGUCGAGAUGAUUCAGGAGACUCAUCAUCACUUGCUAUGGAAACAGAAACGUAGCAGUUUUCAUGUGUUCUGCAUCUCCACCAGGAACCACCAUGUCCCAUGAGGCUUACAGACUGCAAUGUUGAGAACCACUCUAAUCCUCAAAAUAAGUCACCACGUUGGAUAGAAAGCUUCACAGUUUGGGCCUUCCAUCAAAUAUGUGCUGUGCAGAUGUUUCAGGACUUUGCAAAUUGACUUUACUGACUGAACUCAUUUUGAAAACAAUUGUUUCAAGCCAGUUUUUCUUUCUUACCCUCUCCCAAUCCAUGAAAGCCUAAGCAUUUUAUAUAUAUUGUCAUCUAGUUGGAGAAAAGGGAAUUCCAAAGAUUACCAUGGAGUUAAUUCCCCCAUGAAAGACUAUUAAUCGUAUCUGUCUGAAGGGUCUUUCUAGUUGUGAGGGAAGUCAGCUUAUGUUCAUGGGCAUAUAUAAACAUGUGUGUGUGCAGCAGAAUUCUGCCAAAAGUCAAGGUUUAAAAACUGAGGAUUGUAUUUAGUCACGCUUUUCAACUAAAUAGCAAUUUAAAUAUUCACUGAACUCUGAACAAAUCCUAUAUCAUUUAUCUGAAAUUUAAGAAGGAGAUUAAAUAGACUAUGACCAUGGUCCUGUUGAGAAUUGGACAACAAUGCAAAACCUGUCCUGUCACAGACGUUUCGGAAAGCACCACAGCUAAUAGGGAAGACUACUAGAUCAGACUUCCAUUUUAGUAAGCAUAACUAUUAGCAUUUUAAGGCCAAGCAUGAUGGUGCGUGCCUGGCAUCCCAAGGUCAAGACCAAGUUGUUCUACAUAGUGAGUUCCAGGCCAGCUUGGGUUACAUAAGAAAACCCUGUCUUGGGAAAAGAUAAAAGGAAUUACUUUCUUAAAAACUUCUAAUGCCAGACUAUGCUCAAAAUCUCUAUUUUCUUCAUUUUCUGCUCUAUAGCUUUAUUUUAGCCUUUGUAAAUUACUUUUGUAAUGGUAGAAGUACAGCCCACCCAUUUUAUAAAAAGGAUUUAAGGGUGAUUUUCAGGUAUAAUUAAAAUUCUGUUGAAGACGACAAUGUUUCAGAUGUGACACUAGCCUGAGGAUUAGCUAAAGGUCUAUGUUUUCACAGCAGGAGUUAAUGUACAGAGUUAACUGAACAGUGAUAGUCCAGUCCUCUUUCUUUAAGCUUCGGUGGCAGUUCAGCCAUUAAGAGAGUUUCCAUCCAUUUCCCCACUUAUUUAUAAGCAGCCCUCCUUUCAGUCCUAGUGCCUGGAUCAAUGAGAUGGACACUAAUGCUGCUUCUUUAUAAUAAUAGUACCUAAGAGUAUUGAUGUUUUUCAUUUUUCAACCAGCACUCUAAUGCACAGCUGCUGACAAUAAAAGCCCCAACUCUUAACGGAGAUCAGUGGGAGUUACAGGGAGCUCACAGUUAUCAAGGAAUUGAACUCCUUACGAGAUAGUUGGGUUUACUAAAUUAUUCUUUCUAAAAUGUCUCUGAGUGAAAAGGAGUUGCUUGGCACAAACAAAUCUGUGUUGGGGUGCCAAUGCAACUGGGAAAGAAAACAGUCCAGCUAUUUAAAGCAACCACAAAAUGGGUCCAUUUGGACCCCCUAGGUCGUUUUAACCAAGGUGAGACAUUUAGCAUCAAAUAAAUAGAUUGUGGUCUGCAUUUCAUUUGAGAGAAUACAAGACAUGAAUAAGCCUAUUAGGGAGAGGGCCUAGGGACUGCUUUCAAAAUUCACAGAUUGAGGAGCAACCUAGAAGACUGUGCAUGCUGGAUUCAUAGUGAAAGUGUAUGCUUUCACAUGGGAAGAACUUUCCCUUUCCAUGCUCUGUCUGAAGCACCCUUCUUGUCUAGGUUUCCCUUGGAAGUAUAUUUGGCUAUUCACAUGGCUCUAGGAUCCACAGGCCUUGCCUUCUAGUCCUAUACAAAUGCACCUUUCUCUAAAACGGUGCAAGCAGCACUCCACAGCAAGUCAGCGUCAAAGCAACCUUCCCAGCCCCAACUAUUGUCUCCACUAAGAUCCAGAGGCUGCAAAGUCAGGAAAGCAUCAGGAACUUCUCCUCUGUCAAGUGUAUUAGCUAGCAUUCAGCCCUUCUAGAAAUCCUGUUGCAAAGGACAAUAUUAGUAAACGACGGGGAAGUAGUGGAAGGGUAAAGCUCAGGUUAAUGCAAGCUGACUGUUCAGUGUCUUAAGACUUAUACUAUCUCCAAAAAUGCCAAAUAAACGGGGUUUCUCUGGGUGCUUGAAGAAAGAAGAAGCCCUGUUCUUGCUUUAGUAUCUUGAUCCCAUUAGUUUAUAGACAUUGAUUAUAUCUCUAUACAUAGAUUCUUUGUGCAUUGGAUACUGUAUAUAGGCAUUUUAGUGAUUACUUAUUGAUCAAGAAGGCAGGUUUGCUUUAUAAUCAGAACACCCUGACCUCACUCAUUGGCUUUCUUUUCCUGGAACCCUGCCCAAUACUUCUGCGGGAUCUCAUUCCCCAAUCUUUGGUACUCUUCUUCCACAGUGGGAAAAUGGAGCUACUUUUGCUAAUAUCCCACAGUUGAAAGGUGCUAUGUAACUCCCUCGUGCUCUUACAUAUUUUUAUUGGCAGGACUGGAAUGAAGGGUUUAACUAUUACCGCAUUUCUGAGCACCAGGUCUGCUCCAUUCUUUCCUUCCACACUCUCAGUACAGAGUAUUAUUUUGCAGAGCCUAGAGUACUUUAUUAAUGUUCUUCCAUUAGUUCCAAUAAUGUUCUUGGAAAGACAUAGAAUUUAAAUUAUUUUCCAAAAGCUGAAGAUAAAAGAGGUAAAGUGCCAUCCAAAAACACAUAGAUAUUUUGGACAGCCUACUGUUAGAGAGACUUCUAGUGCAGGAAUUGCCAGGGACCACCUUAGAACACCAGGAACAAACAGAAAGGAAUCACACUCCAAAUUCUUGAAGUGUGUGAUUUAGACAGCUCUUUAUUUUCUAAUGCAAUAUGUGCCUCUUUUCCUCACUGGCCCCAUAUGACAUACGUAUUUCUCACUGGAUGGCAUCAGCCAGUGCCAUAAUCUUUUGUGGCACCCAGACAGCCCAAUCUCAGGGUUCACUUUUCCAGGGAAAACAAUGUGCUUCCUCACGUUCGUGCCAAAUUGCACAGAGUGUAGGCAUUUAUGUUAAUGGCUGUUUCAGCACAGUCCUGACAGGUAUGUUUUAAGAAUACUGUGUAUACAUACAUUACUGCAAUAUACACCUAAGAUUUAACCAGGCCACAACUGACGGGAAUGUAACAAUCACUCAUAGUCUACCCCUUUCAACUCUCACCACACGCAUCUACAUAUGUGGACAUUUACAUGGACAUGAAUACAUGAAUGCACUUCUUUUAAGGCAAGUGCUAGGUCAGAGCGAAUAUUUUACAGGGAUUGUUCUGUUCUCUCCUUUUUAAUGAAGUCCAAAAUCACAGGAAGUGAACAUUCCGUUCAUCUGUUCUAAAAUAUCUGCUGUCAGAGUAGCUAAGAUACUCAGUGGGGCCAAAAGACAUGCUCUGUACAAAAGCAGGCACAGAGGACAUCUAGCAAGAUUAUCAGACCCUAUUGCAAAUUCCAUGUUUGCAGAAAGUUCAUGCACUCUGUCCAGUCAGGAGGAAAUGAUUGACAGAGUAUGCCACAUUUGCAUUUCUUUAACCAUAUCUAUAAUAUACCAUACUAUGCUGUAGCCUUUGCAUGUGGGUAUUAUAAAAUAUAGUAAAGAAUGGGUGGCUCUUACCAGCAUGCAACCCUUGACUUGUUUGCUUCCCCCAAGGGCUAAGGCUGUGUCCUGCCAGUGUUCAAAACUGUUAAAUGUGUUCUUUGGAGUAGCCUAGUUAACAUCUGUCAACAGAACGAGAUAAAACACACCGUGAAUUCAAUCUAUCAGGAUACAGAUUUUUGGUAGGGGAUGGCUAAAAGAAAAGAACAGUAAGAUAAGAUGCAUUCAAAGAGUAAUUGCUCUCAGCCCGCUGUCUAAAUCAGCAAAGGAGCACAGCAGGAAACUGGGAACUGGGUCUUGAUAAUGUAUGGAACGUAUUGGAGAGCCAGAAAAGGAAAGACGCUGGGGGACUUCAACAGUUAAGCUCAAGUUGCCAAUUUACUAUAAAUCCCUUUUGCCAUCAGUCUCCUUACAGUGACUGUAUAUAGUAUUCUUAAAACAGUGUGUCUUGCUGCAGAAAUAUUGAAAGAUGCUUUAUCUUCCUAUGUCCUUUAUUAAAACGAUAUACAUAAAUUUGUUGUGUCCUUUCUUUUUUAAUAAUUUAUCUUAUGUGUAUCGAUGUGCAUGUAUGUCUGUGGGAGGGUGUCAGAUC